GCCCCCGAGCGCGCAGGCGCAGUCCCCAUGCUGAGCGCCGCGGCUCUGGCCGUGGGUUGUGUUGCGGGGCGCUGUGCGCGUCGUUCCUGGCCACCUGGUGCUCGUACGUUCGCCAUGUCCUGUACACCGCCUUCCCGGGCCGCCUCGGGCUCCCCGGUGUGGCCCGCCACCGUGCUGGGCACCAUGGAGAUGGGGCGCCGUAUGGAUGUGACCUCCAGCGGCGCGUCAGUGCGCGCCUUCCUGGAGCGUGGCCACACCGAGCUGGACACGGCCUUCAUGUACUCCGACGGCCAGUCCGAGAGCAUCCUGGGCGGCCUGGGGCUCGGGCUGGGCGGCGGCAACUGCAAAGUCAAAAUUGCCACCAAGGCCAACCCUUGGGAUGGGAAGUCACUGAAGCCUGACAGUGUCCGGUCCCAAUUGGAGACAUCAUUGAAGCGGCUACAGUGUCCCCAGGUGGACCUCUUCUACUUACACGCACCUGACCACGGCACCCCUGUGGAGGAGACGCUGCAGGCCUGCCACCAGCUGCACCAGGAGGGCAAGUUUGUGGAGCUUGGCCUGUCCAAUUAUGCCUCCUGGGAGGUGGCUGAGAUCUGUACCCUCUGCAAGAGCAAUGGCUGGAUCCUGCCAACUGUGUACCAGGGCAUGUACAACGCCACCACCCGGCAGGUGGAAAAGGAGCUCUUCCCCUGCCUCAGGAACUUUGGAUUGAGGUUCUAUGCCUACAACCCUUUGGCUGGGGGCCUGCUGACGGGCAAGUACAGGUAUGAAGACAAGGACGGGAAGCAGCCUGUGGGCCGGUUCUUUGGGAACAACUGGGCUGAGACCUACAGGAACCGCUUCUGGAAGGAGCACCACUUUGAGGCCAUUGCUCUGGUGGAGAAGUCCCUGCAGGCCACCUAUGGCGCCAGUGCCCCCAGCAUGACCUCGGCCGCCCUGAGGUGGAUGUACCACCACUCACAGCUCCAGGGCACCCGUGGUGACGCAGUCAUCCUGGGCAUGUCCAGCCUGGAACAACUGGAGCAGAACUUGGCUGCCACCGAGGAGGGGCCCCUGGAGCCACCUGUCGUGGACGCCUUUGACCAAGCCUGGCACCUGGUUGCACACGAGUGUCCCAACUACUUCCGCUAGGCCCAGUGUGGCUAGGCUGCCAAGGGCUUUUCUGUGGCCUCUUUGUCAUACCUGGCCAGUCUUUGCCUUAUGCUGACUGAAUGUGGUCUUUUCUGACUGUCUCCAUGAACGCAGCGAUCUUCUAGAUUUCAGCCCUGCUCCCUGUUGCCUUUGUGGUCUGGAAAGCUUGGGGCUGAAUCUCCACCAGCAUAUCCUGUCUGAAUAAAGCAGGUGCCUGACCUGGCUGCAGCCCAGCCUGGAGUGAACCUUAAA